UUCCGGUAAAAGCGCACGCUAGCUAGAUGCUCCUUGCUUUCGCCCGCUCGCUCGCUCGAUCGGAAGAUGUAUAAACACCCAUAUAUAGUAAUCCUAUACGCAGCGUAACGCAUAACGCCUCCUAACUAAGCUAGGCUAACAAGCCAGAGCGCAACGCGAGCAAGCAAGAGAUAUACCUACCUGACUGCUUGGUCUCGAUCUUCCAUGGAUGAGCAAGGGGAGAGGGGGCUCCAGCUGCUGCUCCCCGCAGCCGCUGCUCGAGUGAUCCGGGAUGCGCCGGUUAGCGCCGGCAGCGACCACCAGCAGCUGGACCUGGACCUGUCCAUGAGCAUUGGGCCGAGGCAGCAGCAGCUGCUGCAGCUGCCACGGCCGGCGCCGCCGACUCCACCGGCUAACGAGAGCAGGAGGGUGGCGGCGACCGUGGCCGCCAGCGCUGCGAGGCAGCUGCAGCAGCAGCAGCAGCAGGUGACGGUGGACGUCCGCGCCGUGAAGCAGCAGACGGCGGAGCAGGCGCGGAUGGCGUCGGCGGAGCGCGCCUACGCGGAGCGCGUCCGGGAGCUGGCGAAGCGGGAGCUGGAGCUCGCCGAGAGGGAGUUCGCGCGCGCGAGGAUGAUCUGGGAGCGCGCCCGCGAGGAGGUGGAGCGGGUGGAGCGGAUGAAGCAGAUCGCCGCCAGGCGGCUCGGCUCCGCCGCCUCCGCCGCCGCGCUCGAGAUCACCUGCCACGCCUGCAUGCAGCGCUUCCAUCCUUGACUAGGUUGGUCGGCCAACUGCACCGACAUGGUCGGAGAUCGAUGCUUGCUGGUCGCCAUUGCUAGCUGUAACUCUCUCUCUCUCUCUCUCUCUCGUAGCUCCUGUGUUGUGAGUGCCAGUCACGUUCUGUAUGAGACGAUAAUCACCUGGUUGAUGCAUGCAUCAAGGAAACGGUUAUUCCUCUUUA